AUGGCAGAGACGCCUGUGGGCGAUCGCAAGUGUGCGAUUGAGGCGCCGCCUCAACCUGUACAGUCGGUUUCGUUUUCCAAUGUCACAGAAGAAUGCUUCGAUUCCUUUUGCAAGAGUUUACUUGACGACACCUCUCUGAACCCAUGCGACCGCAUUUUGCAGUUGCUUGAGCAAGCGCCUGUGCAGGAACCGCCCCGCGACGGGGCCCAAGCAGGUGCAAAGAGUUUCCAAGUCGGUGUCUACAAUCAUGGAGGGGUUACGGGGCUUCGAGCCGCCACGCACAGAUACCCUCAUGCUUGUCGAAUUUUGACCGACGCAGUUCGGCUGGUGUAUGCUGACCACGUCUUUUCAACAGUUGCCCUGUUCCGCAACAUACAGGUUGCGCCUCAUGCUGACUCGCGCAACAGUCCAGUGCCAAACUUGAUUGUCCCUAUCACUCUGUUUUCGGGAGGUCAACUGUUUGUCGUGCACCAGGAUGGACCCGACCGACACGUGUGCGAUGGAACCGAGGAGUCAGGGUUUUGCUUGGAUGUAGCUGCGAAGCCUUGGCUGUUCGAUGCAAAACAUUGCAAACACUUCACAUUGCCCUGGAAAGGGUCGCGGCUGGUCAUGGUUGCUUUUACGGUUGGCCUCCUUCGCAACCUUUCCAGUCAGGAUGCUGCCGUUGUGGCAGGUCUCGGCUUCAACCUGCCUCCAUGUGACAUGCCUGAACGGGGUUGUCCCAAGCCUGCGUCGACCUCCUGGGCCUGGACCAGCAGGAGCACAGAAGGGCAGCAACUCCCUGAGAUCAGGGCCCCGGAGGUCGAUGGUCAAUCCACGGAUACGCAACAUCCUUCAAUGCUUGAUACGGCCGAUGAUGGGCAGCAAAUCCCUGAGAGCAGGGCCCCGGAGGUCGGUGAUUCGGUAUCUCUGCCGGGUGAUGGCCCUCUUCUUGUUGAGUUGUGCGCCGGAUCCGCGGUGCUGAGCAGCGUGGCUUCUACGCGUGGAUUCUCGACCCUUGCGGUUGAUCAUGCCUUGAACCGUCACACACCCAAAAGCAAGAUCACUGUCUUAGACUUGAGCCUUCCAUCCUCGUGGAGCACGUUGGGGUACAUCCUAGAGAACCGAGAGGUGGCUCUCUUGUUCGCCGCGCCCCCGUGUGGGACUUGUUCCGCAGUGCGGGAAAUCCCGCUGGCGGACGGGUCAAUGGGCCCGCCUGUGUUGCGCAUGCAUACGUAUCCCUAUGGAGUGCCGGACUUGUCCCCGCAUAACCCGUUCAAGGUUGAGAAGGCCAAUGCCUUGUACGAGUGCUUGGCGGAGUUCCUGCUACCGGCACGUAAGCGCAAUAUCCCUUGGAUGGUGGAAAACCCCACCGGCAGCCUGCUUUGGAUCUUGCCUUGUUUUGCAGAGCUCGUCAAGCUCGGACGGUUUUCGCACUGCGAGUGUCCGGGAGAUCAUGAACAGGAGCCGUGGGGACAGGAAGCAGAUGGGUCUUUUGCCACGGCCCUCGAAGCUGAGUACCCACCAAAGCCGUGCCAUGCUGUUUGUGAUUUUGCUGAACACGUGUGCCGUGAGCGGGCGCUUCCCUUAGGUUCUGCUGCUCCUCUGGUGCCGAGGGCCUACCGUCAACCCCGGGGCCGGCUGCAUCCGCAGGUCAUCCCCGAGUACCAGCAUACCGUCUCCAGCAUUUUGCCCGCGCUGCCGUCUCUUGACGGCAAGCAAUGCCUGCAUAGGGAUUUGCAGACUCCUCGAGGUCUUUUGCCCGCUGGGAGCAAGCUUCUGCGUUCCGAGAAUAGGGGAGGUGGUAAGUGGGAUCCCUUGUCCUUUGUAGAAGAGGCGAGGAGGCUUUGUCACCCUUUCGACUCGCUGGCCCACCUGCCAGACUACUUGAUCACCGCCCUUCAUGAGCAGCUUUCCUUGUCACCAAUGGACUUGACGAAGCUGAGGCUGACGCGUUUGAAGCAUUGGCAGGAGGCCGACACCAAAGGAUGGCUGGAGGGCCCCCUUUCCCCUGCCGAAGUCAGCGAUCGCCUAGGAGAAUGGCUCCCUGUGCGGAGGUUUGCCGUGCGUCAGGGGGCGAAACUGCGCCCCAUCGACGACCUGCGUGAGAAUGAGGUCAAUUCCUGCUUUUCGAGUGUUGAGCGGGUCACCUUGUCUGCCAUGGACCAUGUGUUGUGGUCGGCUAAUACCUUGGUUGCAUACUUCCGGGAUAGGGGUGCCUACCGCUUUACUUUAUCCACAGGCCAGGUGCUGUCGGGCAAGGUUCAUCACGCUUGGUCAGAUGCCGGGGCCGAGUUGCGCAUGUCGUCGCUAGACCUAAAAUCAGCGUAUAAGCAGCUCCCCUUGUCUCCGAUGGAUCACAACAAGUCCAUCGUGUGCCUCCGGAACCCUCGGAGUAUGGCGUUGGAGUGCUACAUCAUGAAGACGCUCUCCUUUUGGGGGGGCAGCGAGCGUCCCGUCCUUCUUGCGAUGCAGUUCCCUUAUCCACGCUUUGGGGUGCCACUUGGGGCUUUGCUGGUCGAACUAUUUCGACGACUUUCCGCUGAUAUCGCACUCCCUGUGCGCGUCCUCGACCAUGGCCUGCAUGGUCGGCUUUCUAAAGAAAAACUCCUCCCCUUUGAUGUGAAAGCGGAAGUUCUAGGCGUCCAGGUGGACUUGACUGGCGCUCCUAAAGGGGUGAUCCAGGUUAAGAACAAGGAUAGCCGGGUUGCUGAGUUGUUGCCAGUGCUGGAGGCGGCGUGUCGCGACAAGAAAGUCAUCCCGGCCCACCUGCCUUCCUUCGUCGGCAAACUUCAGUAUGCCGAUGCUCAGAUUUGGGGGAGAGCGGGGCAUUUGGCGUUGCAUGAUGUUCGAGCCUUGGUGCAUACCUCCAAAGUACCUGUGAGUCUAGACCCCAGUGGUCUGGGGCAUGCCAAGCUUGGUAUCCCGCCUGCCGCCAUAGGGGGCCUGCUCUUGUGGCCCGGGCGUAGUCAGCGGGCUGAGUAUUUUGGUUGUGCUGUUCCUGAGAACGUGCUGGAAAUGUGGCGCGCGGAUGGGAAGUCGCAUGUGAUCGGCCUAGUGGAGCUCUACGCCGUCGUAGUGGGCAUCCGCGCCUGGAAGUCGUACUUCGAGGGAAGGAGGUUGAUGACGUUCAUCGACAACUACACUGCGCUCGAUGUUGCUAUCAAGGGAUCCGCGUCUGUCAAACAGUGGCGCGAUUUGUUGUUGCUGCUCGAGUGCCCCGAUGAGACGUCCCCCACGCUCAUGUGGCAUGCAAGGGUACCUUCGAAGUCGAACCCGUCUGAUGGGCCCAGCCGGGGUGACAUGUCCCUGAUGGAAACCUUCAACGCCAAGCGAGCCACGCCUGUGUGUCCCGUGACACAGGUGCAGCUGCGGAACUUGUGA